GGGUGACAGCGCGGAGCUCAAGCCCGAGCGGGAGCCGCAGCCGCAGCCGCAACAGCAGCUGCGCCCGCCGGGGUCAUUCCGGGGGACAUUCCACGCGCUGCCGACGCCUCCUUCCCGCCGCUAUUAAUACCGGGCCGGGGGCGGUGCUGAGCCCAGGAGAGCGGGAUCGAGCCGCUCUCUGCGGACACCCCGAGCCCGAGCCCCGGGCCGGCGGGCGUCAUGGGGCUGUUCCCGGGGAUGCUGCUCUGGAUGACGCUGGUGUCAUCGGUCUGGGGGGGCUGUGUGGAGGUGGACUCAGAAACAGAGGCUGUCUAUGGAAUGACUUUCAAGAUUUUAUGCAUCUCAUGCAAGCGACGAAGCGAAACUGUGGCUGAGACCUUCACGGAGUGGACUUUCCGUCAAAAGGGGACUGAAGAAUUUGUCAAGAUCCUACGCUAUGAAAAUGAAAUGCUGCAGUUAGAGGAAGAUGAGAGGUUUGAGGGUCGUGUGGUGUGGAAUGGGAGUCGAGGCAGCAAAGAUCUGCAAGACCUGUCCAUCUUCAUCACCAAUGUCACCUACAACCAUUCAGGUGACUAUGAGUGCCAUGUCUACCGCCUUCUCUUCUUUGAGAAUUAUGAGUAUAACACCAGCGUCGUCAAGAAGAUCCACCUUGAGGUGGUGGAUAAAGCCAACAGGGACAUGGCCUCCAUUGUGUCUGAGAUCAUGAUGUAUGUGCUCAUUGUUGUGCUGACCAUCUGGCUUGUGGCUGAGAUGGUUUACUGCUAUAAGAAGAUUGCUGCUGCCACUGAAGCGGCUGCCCAAGAGAAUGCCUCAGAGUACCUGGCCAUCACUUCAGAGAGCAAAGAGAACUGCACAGGGGUCCAGGUGGCUGAAUAGCUCAGGCCUUCCGGGCUCCCUGUCUCUGCCUCAAGAAAGGGCUGCCCCUGACUGAUGGGUUAGGAGGGGGGUAUCUACCCCUCCUGGGGCCUAGAAAGCUCCUUAGCCUCCAUGCACGGCAGAGUCAUGCCAAAGGAGUGGUAGGAGGGUGAGGUGGGGGCAGGGGCUUGCCCAUUACUUUGUCUAAUACUGUAACAAAGGGUCAAGGGGGCCUCGAUGUUCCCCUGGCCCAUGCCUCCCUACCUUCGCCUCUUCCUCUACCCACCAGAUAUGACAUUGGGGGUGGGGGCCCUCCUGACUCACCAAAAUGCAUGAUGAAACAAGCAAUAUGGCCACCACUCCCACCUUGCUUCUGCUGCCUGAUCUUGGGAGGGGGGAAGGGACGGUGCACAUCUCAUCCCUUCCCUUCUCUCCUCAUGCUGAUUUGCACAUGUUUGCCGCUUUGGCCUCGCACCUUACCUUGCCACAUCUGAGGAUGCAGGGACCCUCCCCCUGGGGCCCGUCCCCCAACCCCGUGCCUCCCUCCCCUAGCCAUUCACCACACAUGACUGACAGGGAAAUAGAGGAUUGGGGGGCCAGGAAGCCUGGACCUUAUGAUCCAAGGCCUCAGGACAAAGCCCCAUGUUCCUGGUCCCUUCUCAGCAAUCCUCUGGCCCUAGUGUGUGGCAGGGCUAAGGGGCAAUGGACUCUCUUCUACACUAGCUGCACCUUCCCCCCACUUCUGCCCCCCACCUCCUUUCAGCCUCGGCUCAUCCUGCCCUUACCCCCUUCUCACCAGCCUCAGAUCUGUGGGCAUUUAGGAUGGGGAGGACUUCACCUUCCUAGUAACUGUACAGUUGUAGUUUUGUUCAUGAAAUAAAAACGCUCGGACUUGA